AUGAAUAAUAAAGUAGUAUCAUUGAAAAUCAACGAAAAUUUGGAACAAUAUUGUUUAAUUUGGCUUGAUGCUACAGUUAAUAGUUCAGAAGAUAAUAUCAAAGCUCAAAAACAACUUCGAAAAUCAAUUAAUAAUUUAUUAACAUUUGAAGAUGAUAAACAAUGUCUUCAACACAUUCAUUCUAUAUCAAAAAAUGAUCGUAUUAUUUUAAUUGUCAGUGGAAGAUUAAGUCGAGUUAUUGUUCCAAAAAUUGCUCAACUUGAACAAAUUAUUUCAAUCUAUGUUUAUUGUCAGGACAAGAAAGCUAAUGAACAAUGGGCAAAACAAUUCUCUAAAGUAAAAGAUGUCAUUGUUGAAUUGGAUGAUUUAUUUCAUCAUGUUCAAAAAGAUCAAACACAAAUUAAGCAUAAUAAAAUUGAUGAAGAAUUAUCGUUUUAUGCAUUCAAUUCAAAUAUUCAAGAAGAAGAGCAAUCUUCAACUGAAUUAAAUGGUCAAUUCAUACAUUCUCAAUUAUUAAUUGAUUGUCUCAUUCGAAUGAAACCGUCAUUGAAUGAAAAACAGGACCUUAUUAGCUAUUUAAAAGAAAAAUUUGAAAAAAAUUCUGAAGACUUUAAAACUGUUGAAGAAUUCGAACGUAACUACUCGCCUGAUCAAUCAAUACAAUGGUAUACGAGAGAUUCAUCUAUUUAUAAAAUGUUGAACACUGCACUUCGAGUUCAAGACAUUAAAUUAUUAUAUCUAUUUCGAUUUUUUAUUCGUGAUCUUGCACAACAACUGGAAAAAAAUAAAUGUUCAUCAAUUGUUCAUGUUUAUCGUGGUCAAAAAAUGUCAGAAAAAGAACUCGAAAAGUUUCAGAAUUCUGUUGGUCAAUUUAUUUCAAUGAAUUCAUUUCUUUCGACUAGUAUCAAAUCGGCAGUAGCUAAAUUAUUUAUUUCUAAUAAUUCUUCUAAUGAUUAUAAAAAAGUUCUUUUUAAAAUUGAUGCAAAUCCUCGAUUGAAAAAUAUCAAAGCUUUUAGCAAUGUAACUGCAUUGAGUUAUUUCAAAGACGAAGAAGAAAUACUUUUCAUGAUUGGAUCAAUCUUUCAAGUUAAAGAAAUAAAACGUGACAAUGAUCAAACGUGGAAUAUUCGUUUAAGAUUAUGUUCUAAUAAUGAUGAUAAACUACAAUCACUCUUUGAUCACAUGAGAAAAAAACUAGGUAAUGAAGAAACAAAUUUAUAUAUGUUUGCGGAUGUCUUACUCGAUAUGGGUAAAUUAAAUCAUGCUGAAAAGUAUUAUCACUAUUAUCUAGAUCAAUUGUCUGAUAAUCAUCCACAUAUUUCCGCAUGUUAUCAUGCUUUAGGAAUAGUAGCAAGUGAGAAAAAAGAUUUUAAAUCGAGUCUGAAAUGGUACAACAAAUUGCUCGAUAUUAGUAAACGAACAUCGAAAAACGAUAAUGCAAAUAUUGCUAAUAUUCACAACAGUAUUGGCAUUGUUUAUCAAGAGACAGGUGACCAUACUCAAGCAAUUGAAUCGUACAAGAAAGCAUUGAUAAUUUGGAAUAAAACAUACGGUGAAGACCAUCCAGAUGUAGCUAUGUGUCUCAAUAAUAUAGGUAAUGUCUAUCAGGAUGAGAAACAAUACUCGAAAGCAUUAGAAUGUCAUAAAAAAGCAUUGACUAUUCGUCAGAAUCAUUUUCCUGAGCAUCAUCCUGAUAUUGGUACAUCACACAAUAAUAUUGGUAAUAUUUAUGUGUGUCUCGAUCAACAUGAUUUGGCAUUGAAACAUUACACUUCAUCAAUCAAAAUUUAUGAGAAAUCUCUUCCUCCUUUUCAUCUUCGUUUCGCCAUGACAUAUGAGAAUAUUGGUCUUAUUUAUGAACAUCUUGAUGAUUUUGAAAAAGCACUAUCCAAUUUUAAAAAAGCAUGCAAAAUCUAUCGUCAUUCGUUGCCUCAUACUGAUCCCAAUGUGAUUCGGACUGAACUAAAUGUUGAUCGUAUGUCAUCAAAAUCAGCAAGUGAUUUUUUUUGA